AUGCUUCUCAAACAGCAACAGCAACAGCAACCGCAACCGCAGCAGCAGCAGCAGCAGCAAGCCCAGGGCCAACAAGAUGGUGGGAUCACAGACCACCAUCAGCACGACCAAGGGUAUGAGAAUGAGAGUCAUUCUCCCACAGCAUCAUACCACCAGCAACAGCGACAGCCGCCGCCGCCGUUUCAACCACAGCAGGACUAUCAACAGCCGCCGCCACAAUACCAACAACCUCAACAGUACCCAUCGUCUCAAAUCGCCGCCGGAGAUGCAAUCGCUUCGCCUCCGAGUAUGGUCCCGUUCGCCACGAGUGAGCCCACCGCCAUGGCGGGUGAUUUGCACAGCAGGGAUCCGGCCGGAGGGAGUGUUCAGUUUGCCAACAUGCUUUCGUCCAUAGGUCUCCAAAUACCCAUGCUGACUUUCCAGCCCCCUGCUGUGGACAUGGCCUUGACGAGUGGAGAUCAAGAAGUCGGCCAGAGCCAGAGUCAAGGAACUAGGGGCGAAGAUGACCCGAUCAUCAUUCCCGUUGGACAUCAAACGACCACGGGCAGCUUGUUCUCGCUGGAGCCGAUCCAAACCCUGAUUGGCGAGUACCCCAACGACUUCUUCUACCAAAUCGAGUCCUUGAGGAGUUCCAUCCCGCAGCUCGAAUCUGCACCAGACGUGGCAUCCACACUUAAGGCCAUCCAAGCCAACCAAGAGCACAGCCGCUCCCUCAUCUCGGCGUUUUUCACCAGCAUGCAUCCGAGCUUCCCCGUGCUCGACGAGACUUGCUUCACGACCUUCUUCAAGAAGGCGAUCCACGGUGAUGCCGACGACAUUUGUGACGUUGGCCUGUGCCUGGUCAUUCUCGCCCUGGGAGAGCUCGUGCCCCGGCUGGCCGAAAGUCGCGACUUCUCCCCGGACGAAGAAAUCCCCGGCAUGGAGUACUUUUCAGUCGCACACCGCAUCUUGGUCCACCAGUGGGUGGUGGGAUUUUCACCAAUCGUCUCGCUCCCCGCGGGGCUGGUGUUUGCCUCGCUGUACCUGAGCUAUUUGACGAAGCCCCUGCCAGCUUGGAGACUGGCCUACAUGGCCUCGAGUAAAUUGCAAGUCUUGUCCAAGUCCACCACCCGAACCCCCAGCGCGUUGGGCAGUCACGUCACCGAACGGCUGUGCUGGACCUGUUUCCUUCUUGAAUGUGAUACCCUGGCGGAACUCCACCUUCCGCGCAGUGGAAUCGAGGUGACCAUCGAUUGCAUGGACUUCCCCGGACUGGAUGACCUCGGUGACCGCUAUGGACUCAUGUUCCUAGCCCUGUGCUCGAUCCGGCGGCUGCUUAACCGAAUCCACAACGCCAUCUACGCGUCCAACAGCAACACCGGCGGCGGUCGAAGAGGCAGCAUGGUCCGGCCGGGCUCGUCCGGCUUCACGGCAGGCCCGGUCGACGUUUUCGCCCGGUCGCCCGGGUCCGCGUCGACCAUGGCCUCGCUAGAGAGCAUGGUCAAUGAGCUAGCCCGGCAGCUCGAGUCGUGGUACUUUUACCUGCCGCACGUGGUGAAGCCGGACCUGUCGCACAACGUGCCCCGCGACAAACUCGAGGUCUGGCUACGGCUGCGCUACUGGUCGGCCAAGCAUAUCAUCUCGCGGCCGUGCCUGAUCUACAUGGCGACGACGACGGCCGACCAGGGCCAACCGCCGCCGUAUGUGCUCGAGUACAGCAAGAUUUGCGUCGAGAGUUGUCGGAACUAUCUCGAGACUGCAAGCUACGUCUUGAAAGAAAGGACGCAGUACACGUGGAUGACGAUCAAAGCCUGUCUUUCCGCCGUUCUUGUCCUUGUUCUUGCUUCGCGGAGCCCCUCGCUUCAGCAUCUCGUGCCCGACAUCGCCAACAUCCUCGACAACGUGCUCGUCAUGGUAAAGCCUUGGGCCACCCCCGACUCAAGUGCCGAGUCCGUGGUCUGGAUUUUGCAGACCAUGGCGCGUAAACAAAAGCUCAUGCAUUUUCGACUCUGGUAA